AUGCAACUCUCCACCCGCAACCUCAUUGCCGUCACGGCCCUCCUCACAACGGCCGUCAACGGCCUCGCAUUAGCCUCUCCUCCAUCGACGAAUCCCAUCUCUCCCUACAUUCCAUCUGGCUCCGGCGUUGCACCUCCCCCGCCGCAACAACCCUCUGUGAGCUCAGGCGGUGGGUCAAACUCCACAGGCCCAUACAUCAUAUCAUCGCCGGGCGGCCCCAUGUCCAAUGAAACCUCGAAAAACACUUCCACACCAACGACCGGUGCAACGCCUUCACCAAGCGCGAGCUCAACGCUCGUCCCUGUCUCUGCGGCGUCUGAUAUGAAGGGGAUAGGGUAUAGCAUGGCUGCUAUGGCGGUCGCGGUUGGCUUCGCUGUCUCGCUGUGA